AUGACCAUUAAAGAACGCAAAGUUUUAGCGGUUAUUACUGGUGCAAGUCGUGGUAUUGGUCGUGAAACAGUGUUGCAGCUAUCAAAAAUUGUUGCCAAAGGUUCCACAUUUUUGAUCACUGCAAGAACAGCAACAAAACUUGACGAGUUGAAAGAUGAAAUUAAAUGCAGCGUCGAAGGAAUUGAUAUUCAUGUCCUGGCUUGUGAUGCGGAAAAAUUGAAUUCUGGUAAAAUUCUGGAAUUGCAAGGAGCAUUAUCCUCUCUGAUAGGGACAGUUGGAGAUGUUACCAGGCGAGGCGUGGAAAUUAGCAGUUCGGAUGAUUGGCAUAAUUAUUUGCAAAUUAACUUUGUUUCAAUGAUACUUAUCAACAAUUCAGUACUGAGUACCAUUCCUGAACAGGUGGCUCCGAUUCGGUAUAUUUUAAAUGUAACAUCGCUGCUAGCUAUAAAAGCAUUCCCAUCUAUGACUCAGUACUCUGUUGGAAAAGCUGCUCGUGAGGCAUUUUUUCGAGCUUUAGCAGUUGAGGAACGUAAUUUACGGAUUUUGAAUUACUCGCCCGGUCCAGUGCAAACUGAUAUGCAUGAUGAAAUUGCUAAAAAGUCAUAUGAUGAAGACAUGAGGAGAUCAUUCCAAGCUCGAGCUAAUAGCACUGAGGUGAAUAAACGAACGCUCUCACCAAAAGAAACAGUUGAAAAAAUGCUAUCAAUAUUGGAGAAAGGAGAAUUCGAAAGUGGCUCUCGACAUGACUUCUUUGACUUGUGA